GCGAUUUCAAUUCAUUACACUUCCGUUUGCUUUCUUUUUUUUUCAGCUCGCGGUUUUCACAAUUUAGAUCAGAAGUUGUCCAGUGUUGAGAAAGAAUAACCGUUUUGGGUGCAUUUGGUUGGACGGGAGUUGGUGGGUUUGGUAAAAGGCUUUGAAAUAGAGUGAAACUUGAAGAUUUAAGAAGAGAUAGGAGAAAUACUACCAGUAGUUCACAAACAAUCUGUGGUUACUUGAAGUUCAUGAGCUUUUUGAGAAUAUUUAAAGUACGAGUUAAGCUUGGCUCUGGAGAGCUACAUAGACAGCAGUCACCAAGGGGGUAUGCCCCCCAUGACACCUUCGCGGGUGACGGGAGGGUUAACCCAAUCAUCAUCAUCACAUUCUGGAGUUUUCUUUCAAAGAGAUGGACUUUCACAGAGUGUAGUUAACUCUCACUUAAGCUCAUCUUUUGUUAAUUCAUCCAGCACGGUUUCGGGAGCCGGUCAUUCAAACCUGGGUCUGGUUUCUGGGGAUAUGAAUAAUGCAGUUCUAAAUAGUGUGGCAAACUCAGCACCAAGUGUUGGAGCUAGUUCUUUAGUCACAGAUGCAAAUUCUGCUCUCUCUGGUGGCCCCCAUUUACAGCGAAGUGCCAGUGUUAACACGGACUCAUACUUACGAUUACCUGCCUCACCCAUGUCAUUUACGUCAAAUAAUAUUAGUAUUUCGGGCUCAUCAGUGAUUGAUGGUUCCUCUGUAGUACAGCAGAGCUCUCAUCAAGAUCAGAAUGUUCAACAAUUGCAGCAGAAUCAGCAGCAGCAGCUGCAGGGUGCUUCAAGUGCUACAUCGUUGCCUGCGUCUCAAACUGGUCCGUCUACCCUUCAUAUGGGUGCACAUGUCCCUGGAUCUUUCAUUCAUGAUCCAAAUAAUGUAUCUCAGCUGUCCAAAAAACCUAGACUGGAUAUCAAACAGGAAGAUAUAAUGCAGCAGCAGCAGGUUAUACAACAGAUUCUUCAGAGACAAGAUUCCAUGCAAUUGCAGGGUCGUAAUCCACAGUUACAGGCUUUACUUCAACAACAGCAGAGACUGAGACAACAACAACUCUUUCAGUCAAUGCCACAGUUACAGCGAGUGCAGUUGCAACAACAACAGCAGCAACAACAACAACAAAUGCAAUUGAGGCAGCAGUUACAGCAACAAGUGAUGCAGCCCUCUUCUGCUGUCAAGCGUCCAUACGAUAAUAGUGUUAGUGGGGUUUGUGCUCGUCGAUUGAUGCAGUAUCUCUAUCAUCAAAGGCAACGGCCGAAUGAUAAUAGUAUUGCGUAUUGGAGAAAAUUUGUGGCUGAGUACUACUCCCAUCGUGCAAAGAAACGGUGGUGCUUGUCGUUAUAUAACAAUGUUGGGCAUCAUGCACUUGGUGUUUUCCCGCCAGCAGCAAUGGAUGCGUGGCAGUGUGAUAUUUGUGGUUCUAAAUCUGGAAGGGGAUUUGAGGCGACUUAUGAAGUAUUACCUAGACUUAAUGAAAUCAAAUUUGGCAGUGGAGUGAUUGAUGAACUUUUGUUUCUGGACUUGCCACGUGAAAUAAGAUUUCCUUCUGGUGCAAUGAUGUUAGAAUAUGCAAAAGCAGUCCAAGAGAGUGUAUAUGAGCAGCUUCGCGUUGUUCGUGAAGGCCAACUUCGCAUCAUAUUCACUCAAGAUUUGAAGAUAUUAUCUUGGGAGUUCUGUGCAAGGCGGCAUGAAGAACUUAUUCCUCGAAGGUUGGUUGCACCACAGGUCAACCAAUUAGUUCAGGUAGCUCAAAAAUGCCAGAGUACAAUUGCUGAAAGUGGGGCUGAUGGGGUUUCUCAGCAAGAUUUGCAAACAAACAGCAACAUGGUAUUGACAGCGGGACGCCAGCUUGCUAAAAUUUUGGAGUUGCAAUCACUUAAUGACUUGGGUUUUUCUAAAAGAUAUGUGAGAUGUUUGCAGAUAUCGGAGGUUGUCAACAGCAUGAAAGACCUAAUUGAUAUUUGUGAAGAGCACAAAAUUGGGGCAAUUGAGAGUUUAAAAAAUUAUCCUCGACUAGCAACAGCCUCAAAGCUCCAGAUGCAAAAGAUGCAGGAAAUGGAACAGAUGGCAAGUGUUCAUGGUCUGCCUACUGAUAGAAACACACUUAAUAAGCUGAUGGCAAUGAAUCCUGGAUUGAACAACCACAUAAACAGCACUCAUAAUAUGGUUAAUCGUGGUGCUUUGAGUGGGUCAGCCCAUUUAGUUCUUACCAACUACCAAAAUCUUCUCAUGAGGCAAAAUUCAAUGAAUUCUAGCCCUGGCUCCAAUCCUGGAUCCUCAUUCAAUAAUUCGAACCCAAGUCCCUCUUCUGCUUUGCAAGGAGCUGGUCCUUCUUUAAUUACAGGCUCAAUGCAAAACUCUGUAGGUGGUUUCCCAGGUCCCCAUCUACCCCCACAGCAGCAGCAGCAGCAGCAACUCCUUCAACAGCGUACAUUAAGUGGAAAUGGUUUACUGCAACAAAGUCAUUCACAGGGAUCCCAAGGAAAUCAAGCCCUACAGCAGCAGCAGAUGAUCCAGCAACUGGUGCAGGAAAUGUCAAAUAACAAUGGAGGAAUGCAAUCACAGUCUCUUGGUGGACCCAAUGCAAAUGGGAAUCUGGCAAAAAAUGCACUGGGUUUUGGGGGCCAUGCUCCAUCCUUAAGUGGAGGUUCUGUCAAUGUUCCAGGAAACAAUGGACCCAUUUCAAGGAAUAAUAGCUUCAAAACAGCUUCAAACAGUGAUUCUUCUGCAGCUGGUGGCAACAAUGGAUUCAACCCAAGAACAUCUGAUAUGCCACAAAGUCUACAUUUGCAAGGUAUGGUUCAGGAUAUUGGCCAUGAGUUCGCGGAUAGCUCCUUCUUUAACAGUGAUCUUGAUGAUAACAUGGGUUUUGGAUGGAAGGCAUGACUAACACAACUUGGGCAUGUAAUUGGCAUAUCUUGUUGAAGUGUUUAUUUUAUUAUAUUAUCAUUGUACAGGAUACUUUCAAUAGAUGCUGUUUUUUUUCCUGGUUUUCAGUGUCAUAAUUUUAUCGAUGGAAUUUGUUUGGACUUGGACUCGAGUAGGUGUUUAGGGAUUUUAUUUGAGAGUUUUUGUCCUGCAAGUGUAAUUUAUUGGACUAUGACAGUAAGCAUUUUAUACGGCACUUACAUUUCUUA